AUGUCUUGUUUGGGUUUAUCCAAACAAAGCAAGGGGGUCUCUUAUAAGGUUAACAAGAAAAAAUACGUCAAAAGAAUACUAAAUGAUGCAAAGGAAGCCUCAAUAAGAGAAGAAACUGCGAGCCAAGGAAAUUCUACAUCUCAAUGUGCAUGUUUGACGCCGGAUAAGUCGAUUCACGUAAACAAGGCCCCGGAUCCAUUCGAUUUGCUUUUGAAAUCUUCACCUGCACAUGUCGAAAGCUCGAAGUCUUUCCUAAUGAUACCUGGAAGAAAAUAUGGCAAUAAAAGUACAAAAACAAAAAAGUGUAACAAUGUUAUACAUGAAAACAUGGAUUCAGAUAAAGAAAAUUCCAAGGUUGAAUUUGGCCAUAUUUCACAAAAUAUAUCUGAUAUUAAAAAUCAUAAAUUGAUAAUUGAACAGGUUGAUAAAAAUAGUUUAAGAUACCAUGAUGAAUCUAUAAACAAUGUUUUAAAAAACAUGCCAAUUUUAACAAAUAACCACCAAAAUAGUCAAUCAAAUAGUAUUAAAAGAGAUAUGAGACUUGAAAUAAAAAAUGUUAAACCUACAGUAUUAGAAAGUUCCCCAUUAUGCAGUACACCAUUUCAAAAGAAAUAUAGAAAAACAAUACAACAUCUGAAUAUGAGGAUGAAAUUCAAAACAGUUGGAAAUGUGCAUCACCAAAGAGCUUUCAACCUCUUGUUGGUU